AUGUCUGCUGACGAACGAACCCACCUACUCCCUGGUCCAUCCCAAGAGCGUCGUCAAAGGUCUCUAAGUGUUUCAAGUCAUUGGUCCCAAUCUCUCCGAUGGACACUUCCUCAACCUUCCGCUCGUACUCCGCAAUUCAGAUUCUCCACUCGUCCCGACGAGAGCCUUCCGACGGAUCUAACAAUGGAUUCAUUGGAAGAGUAUUUACCUGGCUUGCCGACGUCGAUUGUUCCCAGAACUGCAGUUCAGAUUAUAUGGCUACUACAUUUGAUUAUCGAGGUUUCAAGUGUGGAAAGAGUUAGAUACGGCAGUAGUCGACAAGAAUGGAUGGCUCAGAGUCGGAUGAAACGGACACAGGAGAAUUACGAAAGCUUGCUUCUGAACAUUUGGAGGGGAUUCUUGAGCGAGACACGGGACGGAGCAGAUGAAGGAGAUGAUAUUGAAGAAUUGUUGUGGUAUAGGGUUGGGUUGUCAAAUGAUGCGAACGGGGAGGUUGUUCGUGUUGUGGACAUGCUCUCACAUGAAUUGGUCCCUGAAAAUUUCCUCUGUGAUCCUGCACUUCAGAUAGCUCUUUAUAGAACGUGGAAACGGGGUUUGGUCCCAUGGCCCUCCGAACGAGAUCCGGCGUUCGCCCGACUGGCGAGGUAUUACGAUCUAUGUACCUCACCAAGAGUUGCUCAUGCAAUAACAGUGACUUUUCGUCUUUUGUUUCUCGUCAUCCUCGCACACCUCUUAUUAUACCCGCCUCAAUCAGGCCUUCCGGGUACACGGGAAUAUCUCCUUCUCUUCUAUUGUAUCUUUGCAUUCCUGGAUAACCCACAAUUUGGAUCGUGGCCUUUUAUUCUCAUCGCAAUCUCGCUCUUGUAUUCGCUUCCAUCCUCCCCGGCACCAGAAGGCUCCUUCCGCUCAUUGAUGCUAUGCAGCUUUAUCGGACUACUGAUCAAGCUUCAUAUCGCCAGUCCGCCUACGCCGUUGUUGUUCUUCCAACCCAACACAGCACUACCAUUUGCCGUCUAUAUCCGAACCAUAUUCUCCCAAACUGUCACCCCGACUCUGACAUUUUUCGCACCAAUUUUGUUGGCUCUAAUGUUUUUCUUGUCACUCUCGGUCGCGGACCCACUCUCCCCUCCUUGGAUAACCUUAUUGAUGGGCCCAUCUGACCCUAGACCUCACCCAACACCAUACACAACCAGAAUGAUGGUGUUCACGUUCUUCCUCUUCAUCCUGAUCGCCAUACCAUUCUUCAUCACUUCGCUUGUGCUUCUCCCCUCUCGACACAGAACCGACAAGAAGGACGAAUGGGACACGUACGGAACGCUUACGGGCGUCCGGGCCAGACGCGCGUUCGUCCGCGCGCUCGUCACGUACUCUCAACCCGAGUAUUUCCCCUCCCCACUGAACUUCGCUCGUAUUCUGUGGGUCACGAUCCCGCGAAUCGUCCUGGAACUGCUCGGAAGGCCGAGAGCGAGCGAAUGGUGGGCCGAGACUGUUGCGAUUUGGGUUUGGAGAGGGUGGGUUGGAUGGAUUGGGGUGGUGUUUGCCUUGUUGUGGUUAGCGGGACGGUAA